AUAAAGUUAAAUUAAUCGAUUUGAUAAUAAUAAUAAGAAGGCGUCUUUUGAGAUUAAAAUUCAGAAACAUUUUCUUGUGUCUUUAUUGGGCAAUUGUAGAAGUACAAGUAUUUGAAAUGGAAUAUAUGAGUAAACCAAAGAUCGCUAAAUAUUUCAAAACAUUAAAACUGUUUAAUUUAAAUCCAUAGGAAAAUUACAAGACAAACGGACUCGGCUGAUCUAGCGAAGGAAUUAGAGGAAGAAAGAAAACGAAACGCGUCUUUGGUCAUGAAAUUAAAAAAAGCCAAAUCGAACAUAAAAUCAUUCGAAAGAUCUGGAGAGUCAGGCAGUUUCGCUCGCUUGCACUCUACUAUGCGCGAUGACAUUUCAGCUGAAGGUCACACUUCAGUACUUAUGUCAUCUAUGAGUAAUUUAUCAUUCGCGUCGCUGCAAGUACCGGAAUGUAAGCCUGCGGAUGGGGAGGAGGAUGUUGAUCGAAAGUGCUAUGAGCAAUGGAAAUUAUUAUUGGAAGCCUCUAUGCAGCUAGCUGGAGUGGUAGACGAGACAACAAAAAUGAAUAUAUUCAGAAUCAAGGCAGGAUCCAAGUUAUUGGAUGUCCUCGAGGGAACAACAUCCAACGCGGAUGCUCCCGACAUUACACUCUCCCCAUAUUCGAAUGCAGUACAUCGUUUGGACGCUUUUUUCGGAUCAAGAGAAUAUACUUUCAUGCAGCGGCAGAAGCUAAGAUCGCUGACGCAACAACCCGGAGAGAAGGACGUUGCAUACGUGAAAAGAGUUAUCGCAGUAGCGAAACUCUGCGAUUUCAGCGAUGCUAAUCUGGGAGAACAAGUGGCAGACACAAUCCAGUCCCAUGCGUUAAACCGAAGAGUUCGAGAGAUCGGAAGGAAGAUACUACGGAAAGGAGGCUCCAUUGCAGACCUUUUGGAAAAAGUGAGAACAGUGGAAAUGGAACAAUUGAACGAGGAAAUAUUCGCCAAGAGUCACGGAACAAAGCAGGCCGAGGUCUCAGCUGUUGCCUAUGGUCAGGCAAGAGAUGAUCAAUCAUGGAAAAACAACGAGAACACGACAAGGUAUCGUCAGCAACAAUUUUCACAACCAAGAUACUUCGCGACUGCUUCGGGUAGCGGCGUAAAUGCGACGAGGUACCAAGCGGUCCAAGAGCAAAGGAAUAGCGGAAACUUCAGAGGAAAUCGAGGAGGCAGGGGAUUCGAUCGGCGACAAUUCACCCGUAAUACGACGACACGUAUCGAGUGUUGGCGGUGCUUGAGCAGGUAUCACCAACCAUCCGAAUGCCAUGCUAUUACCAAGCUAUGCCGUAACUGUCAGCGUAAGGGACAUAUUGAGAGAGCCUGUCAUCAGCGGCUAUCGUCAGGAAAUGCUAAACGUCGGAACAGCAACGAUAAUAAGGACACGCCACAUUCGAAAAAGAUCGCGAUUGUCAAAAAGGAUGAGGACGACUCGGCCGAUGAAUCCGAGAGCGGUUUACCAACACUGAUUAUAAAAUCAGAGAUUGAAAACGUAGAGCUUAUUGAUGUUUGUAAACCCCAAGACAGAGAGCCAUGUAUUGCUAAAGAGACAGAAAUAAACAAACAAGAAAAAUCAGUAAAAUUGGAAAACUCCACGACAAACCCCAAACAUAUUCGAAACUUUCAAAAUUCUUCAUAUAUUGGAAAACCAGAUGGAAUCAUAGUAGGCAGAAUAGCAGGUGUAGAAGUAACCUUCCUAAUAGAUUCUGGGGCGGAUGUUAACACAGUAGGAGCUGGUACUUUUGAAGUCCUCAUGAACAAAGCUGAGUCGAGACAAGAAUUGUUCUGUGUGCAAAACGGGAGUGAUUUGCCACUCAAAGCCUAUGCAACGUCGGCAGAGAUUCGAGUAUUGGCAACGUUCGAAGCAGAACUUGUCAUUAGCGAAGACUCGCUGCAUGGAGAAGUUUUAUGUUGUUCAGAACGCGCAGGCCCUUCUUGGUAG